AUGCCUAACAGUAUUCUCGAAACUGGAACAAACUUAUCACCAAAUAACCCCACUACAAAUAAUAUAGCAAGACAUGCAUCGAUAGUAGAAUUAUUGUCAACACCUCCUCAACUACCUAUACCUCCAAGAAAUUUACAAUCACAAAUAAAUCAGAUACAUGACUUGAAAAAAGAUACUACACAUGAUUUGAAAAGAGAUAAUUCAAAUUCUUCUAUUAAUUCAAAUUCAACUUCGAUUUCAAAUUUAUCCAUUAAUUCUAUUACCCAAGAUAAUCUUCCUAUUAAAGAUAAUAAUCAAAAUUCAAUACAUCAUAUCACAAGUAAUUUAAAUACGAAUGAAUUAUUAUCAUCCGUGCAUAACCAUAAAUGGCAAUUUAUAAAACUAUCUCAAUUAAUUGAAAAAAAUAAAUUAAUUACAAUACCAAAUAAUUAUUCCAUAGAAGAAUCUUUUAAUACUUUAAUGAAAUAUACUUUAACAUCAUGCCCAGUAAUGUCAAAUCCAAAUGAUAUGAAUUGCUUAACUUUUGAUUAUAAUGAUUUAAAUUCUUAUCUUUUAUUAGUUCUAAAUAAAUUCACAAUUAAUGAUCCUAAAAAAUCUAAAUUGAUUAUGGAUUGUCAGUCCGGUAAGCCUGUCCCAGUAGGUGAAAUUAUUCAAUUGACUCCCAAGGAUCCUUUUUAUAAAUUAUCUGAAAAUGAUAAUUUAUCAAAUGUCAUUAGUAUUUUAGGUUCAGGUGUACAUAGAAUAGCAAUUACAAAUAAUGAAAUGACACAAUUGAAAGGGAUACUAUCACAAAGACGUUUGAUUAAAUAUUUAUGGGAUAAUGCAAGAUCAUUCUCAGAUUUAGAGCCUCUAUUAAAUAAAUCAUUACAAAGUUUGAAAAUAGGAAUCAUUAAUAACGACCACCAUAAUUCAAAUAAUAAUAAUACUACAAGUAAAGUUAUUUCUAUCCAAGAUGAUCAGCCUUUAAUACAAGCAUUAUUUAAAAUGCAUAAAGAAAGAAUUUCGUCAAUUGCAGUAGUAGAUAUUUGUAAUAAUUUAAUUGGUAAUAUUUCAGUAACAGAUGUCAAACAUGUUACAAGAACUUCACAAUAUCCUCUUUUAAAUAACACUUGUCGUCAUUUUAUUUCAAUCAUUUUGAAUUUUAGAGGUUUAGAAAAUGGUAAAGAUUCUUUCCCAAUAUUUCAUGUCUAUCCAUCAACUUCAUUAUCAAGAACUCUAGCAAAAUUAGUUGCAACUCAAUCUCAUAGAUUAUGGAUUGUUCAACCUCCUGAAUCAACGCUAGAAUUAACUUUAUCAAACUCUUCAGAUGACAGCAAUCAUCUUUCAUCUUUUACAUCUGAAAAUGCUUAUAAACCAAGAGGGAAAUUAAUUGGUGUGGUAUCUCUAACAGACAUUUUAAAUUUAUUAGCAACUCGCCAAACAGAACAUAAAGAAAUUGAUCCACAAUCUGCAAGAAGAAUGAAAGCAAGUUCGACUGAAAGUCAAAGUACAAGUGGAACAACAAGUCAGAGUAUAAGUCAUAGUACAAGUCAUAGUACAAGUUAUAGCACAAAUUCAACCCAAAGUAUAAGCGAAAAUACAACUCACACUAAAAGCGAAAACGCAAACAUAACUGCAUAA